AUGUCAGGCCAGCCCCCUCCACUCUACGAGGAGGUUAUAGCUGAGGACCGGGCCGCACAAGAACCCCCCUCAGCGCUAACUGUUCACCUUCAAGUAUGGCAUUAUAGAGCUGAAGGGAGAAGCCCUUUGAAUAACGACGGGCUCGCUUCCCUCUUCCGCGCCCACAACCUCCAAGCUUGGGAAGUGAUUCCAUUUGAGGCUGACGGGGUCACGGGUCUGAGCGCCCACGACCAGUAUGUUCCUGUCGAAGUGCGAUUCCGCCAUCGAGUUUGGGCGUACAACGAUCCAGGUGAAAAUCCCAUGGCCGAUGUCCGGGAGCUUUUCUUCAAAACUGCUCCACAGUUUAUCUAUCAGUUCUUCGUCCGUAUCAACAGCACUCCUCAUAACCUCAACAUCUUUCCGGUCAAUGUCCCGGAGAAUUUCUCCUCACGGUACACGCAUGCAUUUCACCUGAACCAGCUAAGCAUCCGCGUCAACACUUUUAUCGUUCCUAGCCCGGCGGUGACGAAUGAAGCGCAGUCUUGGUUACAGGAUGCCGUUCGCACUACCGAAGAUGUCCUGGAGAUCUUGGCUGCGAUAGUCAGCCUUUAUCUCAUGCAUCGAAACGCUCAAGAUCAGGCAAAUGGAAAUAAUCGGGCUGGUACUCAACAAGGGGCACGGGGCGUCGACGUUUUGGACGUGCAUGUACCAGAACGGCUCGGCCAGCUGCGAGCGCUAUUCCAACGGUUCCGUGAAGGCAUUGGGCAUCACGCCGGCCAACCACCAAGGGAUGUCGCGGAUCUGCAAGUUGCUUGGAAUACAGCCGCUGGACCCUUCGCGGAAUACAUGCGCCUUGCGAACCGCGUGGAGAGCAGAUUAACAAAACUAGAAAAUAAUCUGACUCUCUCCAACCAGGACCUGUAUGAGCUCGUCCAGGAUGCCCACCAUGGGGCACUCCUGUUCUCUGCGCUGAAACAAGCAGCGCAACCACUGGUUCGAGAACUUGAAGCAGACUACAGCCCGGUCAUAAAUCAAUACAAUACGAACAGGAACAUCUCGGGGAUUGCCACUGCUGUUAUCGCGGUCGGAGCCGUCUUUCUCUUUUGGAACCCCGCAGGCUGGGUCGCAUUGGGUGCCUACGGCGGUGGCUUCGUGGCGGGGGGUGCAACAGGUGUUGGGGUACACUCCUUCAUGGAUGCAGAACGUGGGAAAGCCUUCAUCAAGAAGAGUGGAGUUAGAGAGUUUGGCCUCGCCAUCAACGAGAUAAACAGAUGUGCCAACGAAGCCCGAGAAGCCAUUGCGAUGGUGUUCUGUGCCCAAGUGAUGCAGAAGAGGUUGGACGAAACUUUGCCCGAGCAUAAAAAGAAGGACAUUCUCGCAACACUCGGAGUUCACACAGAUGCCUUGCCCGAUGCUGUUUACAGCCAAGAACUCAUCCGCGACCGGUUGAAGAGGUUUCGUGAGGGCAACAGGAACUUGCGCAACAUGAUGACAAGGGUAAUGAAAGAUGCUAAUCUCGAGUUUGGAACUACCGAGCAAGCUAUGUAG